AGUGGUGUUACCCAAGAGUUCACCGCAUUUGCGCAUUCGGAUGACCUUUGCCGGCUCGAAGGAAAGAAAGAAGACGAAACAUCGCUGUUUUCUCGAUAAUUCUGACGUUUAUUUUGUGCCCUUGAUCGGGUUGAGACAGAUUCAACCAUGAGCUUAUUAAGGGCGACGUUAGUACUAACUUCACAGCAGUGUAAGCUGGCAAGACGGGCGCAAACACAGCUGGCACCAGCAGUAUUAAGACUGUACUCAACAGAUGAAAAGAACAAAGCUUUGGAUGUGUCCAGAAUACGAAACAUCGGGAUCUCAGCACACAUAGACUCUGGGAAGACCACGCUGACAGAGAGAGUACUGUACUACACAGGGAGGAUUGAGGCUAUGCAUGAGGUGAAGGGUAAGGACCAGGUGGGAGCCACCAUGGACUUCAUGGAGCUGGAACGGCAGCGAGGCAUCACCAUCCAAUCAGCAGCCACCUACACCGAGUGGAAGGACUACAACAUCAACAUCAUCGACACUCCGGGCCAUGUAGACUUUACCAUCGAGGUGGAGCGAGCCCUGAGAGUGUUAGAUGGUGCAGUACUGGUUCUGUGUGCUGUGGGAGGGGUGCAGAGUCAGACUCUGACAGUCAACAGACAGAUGAAACGGUACAACGUUCCAUGUCUGGGCUUCAUCAACAAGCUAGACAGACAAGGCGCCAACCCUGACAGAGUUCUGAACCAGAUGAGAAACAAGUUGAAUCACAAUGCUGCGUUUGUUCAGCUGCCAAUUGGCUUGGAGGCCCAAACUAAAGGGAUCGUUGACCUUAUCCAUAGGAGAGCCAUAUAUUUUGAUGGUCCUGAUGGUGCGCAGCUGCGGUAUGAGGAUGUUCCAGGUGACAUGCGAGCGCAGGUGGAGGACAGACGACAGGAGCUGGUUGAACACCUGUCUAACGUAGACGAGCAGCUGGGAGAGAUGUUCCUUCUGGAGGAGGUGCCGUCAGAGGAACAGAUCCAUGCCGCCAUCAGGAGACAGUGCAUUACGAGGUCGUUCACCCCGGUGUUCGUUGGCACGGCGCUGAAGAACAAGGGUAUCCAGCCCCUGCUGGACGGCGUCCUGUCGUACCUGCCGGACCCCACCCAGGUGCAGAACUAUGCGCUGGACGAGACGCAGGGCGAGAAGGAGCGCAUACUGAUGGACCCAGCAAGGGAUGCCUCAAACCCCUUCGUGGGCCUGGCUUUUAAACUUGAGGCGGGGAGGUUUGGUCAGCUGACCUACAUGCGUGUGUACCAGGGUCACAUGAAGAAGGGUGAUGUCAUCCAUAAUGUACGCACGGGGAAACGCAUCAAAGUACCGCGCCUGGUCCGCAUGCACGCCAACGAGAUGGAGGAUGUGUCAGAGGUGUAUGCAGGAGAUAUCUGUGCCAUGUUUGGUGUGGACUGCUCCAGUGGAGACUCCUUUGUGUCCUCUGCAAAACUGCAGCUGUCAAUGGAAUCCAUUCAUGUUCCUGACGCUGUCAUCUCUCUGUCAAUCAAACCUGAAGACAAGGGAUCAUUAGACAACUUUUCUAAAGGCAUUGCUCGGUUCACUAGAGAAGACCCAACGUUCAGAGUGCACUAUGAUGAAGAGAGCAAAGAAACAAUAGCAUCAGGCAUGGGGGAGCUGCAUCUGGAUGUGUAUGCACAGAGAAUGGCUAGUGAAUACAAGUGCAAGUGCAUCAUGGGGAAACCUAAAGUGGCCUUCAGAGAAAGUAUCAUGUCACCUGUUGAGUUUGACUUUCUGCAUAAGAAACAGUCUGGAGGAUCAGGACAGUAUGGCAGAGUCAUUGGAGUUCUAGAGCCCUUACCCCCAUCCAGUUACACCAAGGUGGAGUUUUUAGAUGAGACUGUUGGCACCAAUGUUCCCAGGCAGUAUGUCCCAGCUGUAGAAAGGGGGUUUAGAAUGGCCUGUGAGAAGGGCCUGUUGUCAGGACAGAAGAUCGCGGGAGUUCGCUUCAGACUUCAGGACGGAGCCAACCAUGCCGUGGACUCCAGCGACUACUCCUUCCAACGGGCGGGGGAGGGCGCGCUGAAGGAUGCCAUGGAAGACGCCAUCAAGGUCAUUCUGGAGCCGAUCAUGUCGGUAGAGGUCACGGCGCCGAAUGAGUUCCAGGGGCCAGUGAUCGCAGGGAUCAACAAACGGCACGGUAUGAUCCUGGGACAGGACGGCAGCGAGGGGUAUUUUACACUGUACACUGAGGUCCCACUGAACAACAUGUUUGGGUAUUCAUCAGAACUAAGAUCAUGCACAGAGGGAAAGGGAGAGUAUGCGAUGGAGUACUGUAGAUACCAGCAGGCAUCGCCUGAGACUCAGGACCAGAUUGUCAGAGAAUACAUGGAGGCCACAGGACAGCUGAAGGAGGACAAAAAGUCGGGCAAGAAGAAGGCCAGAAAUUGAGGAAUAAGAUAUAUUUAAGCUGGCUUUUUUUGUAAAGUGGAGGGGGGGGGGGGAGAGUAAGAAAAUUC